AUGAACCUGCGAGGAGGAAACAUCUCAGAGCUGAUCUCGUCCGCUGUCCGAGCCACCACGUCCGUGCUCUUCGACCCUGACCCCUGGCCUCCCGGCGCCCAGGGAACUCUGGGAAACGUAGUCAGGAACGCGUCGGUGCUGGGCUGCGGCGAGAUGGAGAUGACGCUUGGGAACUGGUCCCAGGGCGGGGGGGCCGGGGGGGUCUGGGGGGCAGGGGAGGAGGCCAGGGUGGUGGGGUGUGCCACGGCGACCCCAGCGGGGGUGCAGAAGAACUGGGCGGCGCUGUUGAUCUUGGCGGUGAUCGCCGUGACGGUGACCGGGAACAUCCUGGUCAUCAUGGCCGUGUCGCUGGAGAAGAAGCUCCAGAACGCCACCAACUACUUCCUGAUGUCACUGGCCGUCGCAGACAUGCUGCUGGGGGUCCUCGUCAUGCCUGUCUCCAUGGUGACCAUCCUCUACAACUACACAUGGCCCUUCCCGUUCCCCAUCUGUCCAUUCUGGAUCUACCUGGAUGUGUUGUUCUCCACCGCCUCCAUCAUGCACCUGUGUGCCAUCUCACUGGACCGCUACAUCGCCAUCCGGAACCCCAUCCACCACAGCCGCUUCAACUCACACACCAAGGCCCGCCUCAAGAUCAUGGCCGUAUGGACCAUCUCCGUGGGUAUAUCCAUGCCCAUCCCAGUGCUGGGUCUAAGGGACCGUUCCAAAGUCUUCAGCGACGGCAGCUGUGUGAUGACGGACGGCAGCUUCGUCCUGGCGGGUUCCUUCGUGGCGUUCUUUAUCCCCCUCACCAUCAUGGUGGUUACCUACUUCCUGACCAUCAACGCCCUGCAGAACGAGGCCACGCUCUGCCUGGACCAGCUGGUGCCCCGGCCCAAGUGGAGCACCACGCUCUCGCUGGGCUUCCUGCCCCAGUCCUCGCUCUCCUCAGAGAAACUGUUCAGACGCUCCAUCAGCAGGGAGGCGGGGGGAGCUCCAGGGGGGGCUGCAGGGGGGGCGGUAGGAGGGGGCAUGGGCCCCGGGGUGGCGCCGUAUGGCCGGCGCACCAUGCAGUCCAUCAGCAACGAGCAGAAAGCUUCCAAGGUUCUGGGGGUGGUGUUCUUUCUCUUCGUGGUCAUGUGGUGUCCGUUCUUCAUCACCAACGUGCUGGCGGUGGUGUGUGACCCUCUGAAGUGUGACCCUGUGGUCAUGAGCGGGCUGCUCAACGUGUUCGUGUGGGUGGGGUACCUGUCGUCGGCGGUGAACCCCUUGGUGUAUACGCUGUUCAACAAGACAUACCGCGCCGCGUUCUCGCGAUACGUUCGCUGCAAGUAUCAGCCUGAGAAGAAGCCCUUGCAGCUCAUACUGGUCAACACCAUCCCCCCGCUAGCCUAUAACUCCACCCAGAUGCCCCUGGGGGACAUGCGCUCCUUGAGGAAUGGAGCGCACCUCGAAGGCGGGCAAGAGGACUUCUCUUUGCCGUCACUAGGAAAGGCCAAGUCGAAUCCGCACAAAAAUCAAGGAGACAAAGAGGAAAAUAUCAGUUGUGUGUAA